AUGGCGCCAGGAGGACGCAUAAAGCAGCUUUUAGGGGCAGUUGUUUGGAACUGGAACAAAAAAAGAUCGUUCUUGACUAAAUCACAUAAAAAGAAAAUUAUCAACCAAAAAAUUGCAAACCUAACAGAAAACAAGUUCCUUGACCAUCAAACGAGUAGUGAACAGAAGCAAAGUAGAAAAAGGGAUGAAGAGCCGUACAAGGGAAAUAGAGCUUAUUUGAAGGAUCAAGCUUCAGACGACGGCGCGUGGGGAGAAGAGAUCUGGCCACCGAGGAAACCGAGCUUCCGGAAUUUUCCUGAGCGCCCGAUCCUUCCACUUGAGAGUGAGCGUUGCUGCUCCCAUGACCGUAAUUCUGCUGGUAGUGAGAGAAAUUGGAGGACAACGUCGCCGACUGAGAGUUCCGGAAAGGGAGCUUGA